GUAUUGAAGUCAUUUGGCCUCCCGCUGCUCUUGCAGUUGGAGGGCUGCAAGCUUGAGUUCGUUGUGUGGACUGAACUGCGUUGUCCGCGAGCUUAGUGAUAGUCGUCGAUAGAGCCACAUAGCCCUCCGUUGUCUUCCUGUCGUUCUCGUUCCGCGUAGCCGUUACCUUUCAAAAGGCUCCAAUUCACCGAUAAAUACUCUCUUACUCGCUCAUUCGCUCCUGUACGCUAAGGCACAGUCCCACUAUGCGAGAUCAACCAGCCAGCAUACGCAAUCGGCAAACUCCCUGCAAGUCUCGCCUCUGUAGAAUCACUCACCAUCUUACCUACACGGUCCUCUGACUGCGGAUCUAGAGCGAUAUUGCGAGAAAACUUGGUUUUUUACCUUUCUGAGACUCGGAUCUCAAGUCUAUCAACCAUGCCGUCGCGCGGGGACCUGCCCGCUUUUACAUUCACGGCGCACGAAGACGGCAGCUCAGCCGCCGCAAUUCCGGCUUCUGCAGCGGCUCCCGCCACAACCGCCGGCUCUCCAUUCUCUACGUCAGCAGCGACGGCGACAGCCACUGCGAAGACCGGAAAGCCUUCGCUUGCUUUGCCCAGGCCGCCAGCAGCGUCGCCUACUAUCCGGCCUUCACCUGGGGUUUUCAGAAACGGGAUGUCGGGAAGAGCUGCUGGAAAUUCAGGCAGAGCGCCGGGACGCGGCGGCGUUGGAAGAGUGGCGGCGGGAAGAGUAGGCGGAAGGGACAAUGGUAGCGGGCGAGGGCGAGCCGCUGGAGGUGACUCGCCGCGGGUUGCUUUUGGGCGGGGAGUACCGAACGCUGCGGUUCCGACUGCUAAAACGACAGGGGCCGGCAAAACUGCCGGUGCCGGCAAAGCUGCCUCCACAGCCGUUAAAACGGCUGACUCAGGGCCGGUCAAAACUGCAGCCGCGGCUGCGGGUCCUGCAACUACUGGCGGCACCACGGCCGCAGUAUCCUCGCCCGGAAAAGCGGUGAAUUCAGCACAUGGAUCUGCCGCACAUGGGGGAAGCGAACCCCCGUCAGCGUCGACAGCUGCGCGGAGCAUUGGCGGAAACGUGGCGCAGCCGAGCGCAGUGACGGCCGCAGCGACGGAGGCAGCUCCCGCGCGAGGGGACGCGGGGAACGGACGGACGGGAACGGGGGAAGCGCCAACGGCAGCGCCAGCGCCAGCAGCAGCGGCAGCGGCAGCGGCAGCAACAUCGGCUGGUACAGCUAUGGUGUUUCGAGAGCCGGGACCAGGAGCUCCCGCAGGCUUCGCGGCGGUGGAGCCGAGUCCGUCUGGGGCGUUCACGGUGUUUCCGCGCACGGGGCGGGGGGACGUACGGCGCGCGUACGCGCUGGGGAAGGAGCUGGGAAAGGGCGGCGGCGGCGUAGUGCGCGAGAGCCUGGAUCCGCUCACGGGGCGGCCAGUGGCGGCGUGCAAGAGCAUUCCCAAGUCGAAGCUCCAGCGGCGCGACCUGGCGGACGAGGUGCGCAUGGAGGUGACGGCGAUGAAGCGGCUGCACGGGCACGCGCAUGUGGUGCAGCUGCUGGGCGUGUACGAGGACCCGCGCGCCGUGCACCUCGUCAUGGAGCUCUGCAACGGCGGCGACCUCUACGACUUCCUCACCGCCGCUGUCACGCUGCCCGAGCCGCUCGCCGCGCGGAUCGCGAGCCAAAUCCUCCGCGCGUUGAGCCACUGCCACCGCAACGGCAUUCUCCAUCGCGACGUGAAGCCCGAAAACAUUCUCCUCGUGCGCGCAGCCCCCAUCCCUAACCUCGCUUCCGCCUCCGCCGGGGCCGACGGCGCGGACUGUAAACCUGCGGUUCAAAACCCCGCGGAAGCGGAGAAGAUGGCGGUGGAAGCGGCGGGCGGGGACGGUCCGCCGGGCACCCCGACGAGCACGGCAACGAGCAGUCUGUUCAGCACGCGGAGUAGCUUCUUCGAUUCCGCCUCUGGCGCAACUACCACCGCCAGCGCCAGCACCGCCACCAGCAGCCAAGGCCCGACGCGAGGCAACCACGCGGGUGACGACGCCUCUGGGGGCUCAUGGAUCUGCGGCAGCCGCGGCGGCAGCGGGAUUGGCGGCCGUGAUCAGGCCGGCGCGAGCGCGGUCGGCUGCGGGUUUGGCGGGAGAGGCGGUGGAAUCGGCGCGGAGAGCGGAUGGGCGGAGAUUCACGUGAAACUGGCGGAUUUUGGGCUGGCGGUGCCGCUAAAACCGGGGCAGCAGGCCGUGGGGAUGCAUGGUAGCUCCGUCUAUAUGGCGCCUGAGGUGGUGUGCCGGAAACCGUAUGGUGUUCAGGUGGACAUGUGGGGGCUCGGCGUUAUACUCUAUACAGCGCUCUCCGGUUUUAUGCCGUUCUGGGGAACUACGGAUGAGGAGCUCUUUGUGCGGAUACUCCGCGGCCGCCCGGACUACCGCAGCGAGCCGUGGCCGUCGAUCUCGGACGAAGCGAAAGAUCUGAUUCGUUGGUUGCUCACGACGGAUCCGCCGCGCCGAGCGACCGCGGAAGCCGCGCUGGCGCACCCAUGGAUCCUCCGCCACUGCCCUCCGCAGCUGCCGCGCAGGCCCGCUUCCUCCGCGUUUCCCCCCGGGAGCCUGCACUUUCCGCCGUCCACCGCGCGGAGGCUUGACGGCGCAUUGGGGGUGCGCGGAUCGGGGGAGAAAAGCGGGGAAAAAGUGAAGGGCGCGGGGGUGGUUGGGGGAUCAGUGGGAAUUGGAUUCGCCGGUGGAAAAGCUACAGCUACCGCCGCCGCACCAGUUGCAACAGCAGCCGCAGCCGCAGGAGGGGUUGGAAGAGCGCCUGCCAGUGCAGCUGCAGCAGCAGCAACCGCACCCGCUGCACCGUCUCCUGUUGUUGCUACUGCUGCUGCUGUUGCUGGUGCUGCUGCACAGAUUCCGUGUGCUGCAGCUGCUGCAGCUGCUCCCGCUUCCUCCGCUCUUGCUCCAUGCGCGGUCAGCACUGGUGCUCCUUCUCCUUCCCCUGUACCAGCUCCCAUCCUCGCACUCUCUCCUGCUCCUGCUGCGGCUUCUCCUGCUGCUUCUCCUGUUCCCGCUGCUCCUGUUGUUAUGGCGGUGGCGCAGGAGGUGCAGAUGGAUGUGUGCACGCGCUCGGACAUGGACGCGUGUGGGCGGGGCGACAGUCCCAUGGACGCAUGUGCGAGAGCGGACAUGGAUACCGAUGUGGAGAUGAGCGACGGUGCUUCUCCUGCUGCUGGUUUUGCCGGUGGAGCUGGUGGUGGUGGCAAGGGACGCGGCGGCAGCAGCAGCACGGAGCACUCGCCCAUGAAGGAGGGACCUGAUAACGCUGACUGUAUGGAUGUGCCUGGGCAUGGGCAUGCGCCUUUCCAGGCACAUGUACAUGCACAGCCGCAUGUGCAGGCUAAUAAGGCACUAGCCUGGCAACAGCAGCAGCAGCAGCGCCAACAGGAGCAGCAGCAGCAGCAGGCGCAGGAAUUCAGCCAGUUUCCCCCCACUCAUGCACACGGGCGCGGCUUUGCACUCAGCUACAUGCACGGACAGUCCCCGCUCUACCCUCGCCUGCCCGGCCAGGAUCCAGCCUUCGCUGCUUUCGCCCCCACUCCCCCCUUCAACCCCUCUUCUGCCUUCCGCGCUAACCUCACCCCACCGCUGCUCCCUGCAACAGAUUUCGCCUGUCCCAAUCCUGCCUCUUCCUCAGCGUUCCUUCCUCCCUCGCCCGCCGCCUCUCCCGCGCCUUCCUUCGCCUCAUCGGCUUCGUCGUGCCCCACGCCAUUCCUCGCCCCUCUCCCUCCGCUCUCCAUGCUCCCAGCCACAGCAUUCAGCCUUAGCCACACGCCCACCGCCCCCGCCGCCUCCGCCCCUGCCGCCGCUGCUGCUUUCGACAUGGGAGCGCCUCUGGCCACUCCUGCCGUUUCUGCAGCUCCAGCUCCUGCCGCUUCCCCUUAUGCAGCCUCUGCUGCUACAGCCUCUGUUGCCGCUGGUGCUACAGCCGCCGUCGCCGCUCCUGCUUUGCCCUCGCCUCUCCUUGGUCCAGGUUCUUCCAGCCCGGCUGGUUCCAGCUCCCCCACCGCCCUCCCUCCUGGCACGUUCGUCCUCCUCGGUAGAAGCGCACCCGCUACUGGCACAGCAGCUGCGGUAACAGCAGGAGCAGGAAUGUCAUAUUUGCAGCAGCCUUCCACUCUUCCACAGUCACUGCUUGCCCCUGCCCCUGCAACGGCCCCUGCUUCUUUUGUAUCUGGGGCGAUUACUGGCAGAGGGGGAGCGGCAGGAGCAGGCAGUCGGGAUUGCGGGGGCGGCUACCACUCGUCCCACUGCACCUGCAGCCCCCCUAUUGGCCUCUUCGCUAUAGGAGCGCCAGGGGCUUUCCGGCUGGGAACAGCUGAUUUGGGGAAUGGCGGAUCCACCGGAGGCGCGGAGGAUGCAAGUAUGGGAGAGGGCAGCCGAAAAUCUCCUGGGAAGAGUUUGCUUGGCAGCAGAGGAGUUAACAGCCCAAGUCGCAGGAGGUGCUUGUUCAGUAACAACCCUGCAGGCAACGCCGCCACUGGUGCUCCCAAUGCUGCCGCUGCUGCUGUGUCAGCAGCCGCACUCGCAGCAUCAGCAGCAGCAGUAUCAGCCUCUGCAGUGUGCAUUGCUGUACCGACGUCGCUCGCCCCUGCACCGAAGGCCAUCCGCGGGGAGGGAGGGAGCCCCGGCCCCAUCACAUCCCAGCGCACCCGCCCCUCUGCAUUGACCAGUCCCUUCUACCUCUUCUCCCCUAAGAGAAAGCUGAGGAAGGCCCAGGUUGUGAGUGCUGGAGGGAAGGAUGAGAGGGCGGGUCGAGGGGAGAAGGGCGUUGGUAUGUCAGCAGUGGCAGCUGCAGCUGCUGAGGCUGCGGCUACUGCUGGUGGUGUUGGAGUAGGGGCAGGAGAUGGGAGAAGCGCUGUUGAUUCCUGCCCAGGGUCGGCUGGGUCCAUCUCUGCGUUCCGAGCCCGUCUCUCCCCUGCUGUCCAGAUUGACAGGUUCGGGGCCCCCGAACCUAAGGCCAUCUACUCCCAUUCAGGAGAGGUCCUACCGGCCUCUGCGAGUGCUGCUACUGCUGGGCACAUGGCCGCUCAUUCGAAGGCAGGUGCAGCAGGUGCAGGCGCUGCAGGCACCGGUCUCUCGGCAAUCAUGGCAGCUUUUUCCGCUCUCAGCACCUCCCCCACCAAGCCAAACCACGCUUCAUCUCCAGCCCCUCGGUUCAACUUCUCCCUGCCCUUUCCCGGUAGUUCCAUCGUCGGCUGUGGCAACGUUGGGGCCAGGAACAGCACUGCUGCGCCUGCUCCUGCUGCAAAUGCUGCUGCUGCUGGUGCAGCCGCAGGUGCUUCCGCCGCCACUGAUUUCUCGGCAUCCCUCUUCUCGCACGGGACCAACCCGUACUUCGGACCUGGUGCUUUUGGGUCCAUCACGGCAGGACAGGCAUUGUUUGGUUCCACUCUUCCGAGCAGCCCAACGGCUGCUGCUGCUGCAGCAGUGAACGAAACCAGUGCUAGCAACAACAUAAACUCCUCCACCACUACCAACAACAUCACCACCACUUCUACCCCAAAACCCAUGACCACCAUCAAUGCCUUACCAUCAUCUCCAUUUUCCAAUGCCACUUCCUCCAGUGGCACCCCAACACAGGUUACCCCAACACGCACCACACCCAGCAGCCCGUUCUCUUCUGCCUCCCCCUUCGCUGCUGCCUCUGCAAUCGCCCGCGCAUCUGUCAAGAGUCUCUUCCGGAGCAUCAGCAAAGGAGGCGGCAGCAACAACACUACCAGCAGCGGUGGUGGCAACCAGAGCCAUGGGGUCAAUGGCGACACGGCUAGUGGAAUUUCUCCGGCCGGGAAUGGAGGAGAGUUGGAACAGGACCGUGCGCUAGCUGCUGCUGUUGCACUAGGUCUCUAUGAGAGCAAUGCCAUGCAGGCAGGGGCGGCAGGAGGUCAGGGCGGGGGAGAGCUGGGGGGUAGUGGUACACAUGCAUGUGGUGAGAGGGGGGUUGGGGGAGCAGGUGUGAGGAGGGGCCUGUUUUCUGGGUCGCCGUCAAAGCGAGCCCCGCUAACCCGAAGGACAGACUCUGCCAAGACUGGGUCCACUCCUCGUGGGCUCUUUUGACUGGCCACUGCUAACACACGGGGGCACACAGGAGUGCAUACUCACGCCAUAUGCGUGCGCGACUACACUACACUCACACUUGACAUCUGCAGCAGCUCAUUCCAUCCAUGGCACCUGCGUCAAAUGAAGAUUAUUUAUGCGUAGUGAAUUUUGUGCAGACAGCAGACUUUGCAGACCAUUCUGCACAGCUCCUUAGCGCCCCUGACCUCCCCCUUGUCACACAUUUUCAUUUCCGUUCACCUUUCCCUGUUACUGCUCACAUGCACUGUUCUCGCUGUGGUAGUAGAUCUCUUGGAAAUAUUGGAUGAGAUGGAUCUGCUAUUGGGUUAUCAUUUGGUGCAUGCUAUCU